UAGAAUAUGAUAUUCAUACACCUUGAAAAGAUUUCAGAAACUUGAGACAUUUAUUUUUGAUGGAAUAUAAGGAUAUAUUCAUAAUUUUAUACAGUUUAAUCGAUUUUCUACCUAAAACAUUUCUCUGAAAUGUAAUUUGACUUUACACUAUUUUUUUUCAACUAACGUCGUUCCGUUGUUGCUCGGCACUUCCGGUGCAGCAGACACGUUAUGGAAAACUAUGAAACUAGUAUUGUUUUCAAUAGUUUUGAUAUUUUUACAUAGAUUACAAGCGCUGUUAUAUCAUUUUAAAGGUAACAUAGAUCCAUAUGAUAAGAUAUAUGGGCAAUUUUCUGAAAGAGAUCGUCUGGAAACAUUGGAAUCGGUUCGAAAAAUAUUCAGUUUUGGAUACGAUAAUUACAUGAAGUAUGCAUAUCCAUUGGAUGAACUUAACCCCAUCUUUUGUGAAGGGAGAGGUCCAGACUACGAUAAUCCGUCUAACAUCAAUAUUAAUGAUGUUUUGGGGGAUUACAUGCUGACUCUGGUGGACACUUUAGACACCCUGGCUAUAAUGGGCAAUGGAACUGAGUUUAAGAGAGCUGUCCAGCUGGUUAUUGACAACUUAUCUUUUGACAAACCUACAACUGUACAAGUGUUUGAAGUCACCAUCAGAAUAAUUGGAUCUCUCUUAUCUUCCCAUCUGAUUAUCACAGACCUGGAACAACCAUUUGGAGACAUGAGACCAAAGCACUACAACAAUGAACUCCUCUUACUUGCCAGUGACAUAGCUUCUAGAUUAUUGCCAGCUUUUGAAAAUACUGCUACAGGGAUACCUUUUCCUAGAGUAAAACUAGAUGAAGGUGUGCCUGAGAACUGUUUAAAUGAAACCUGUACUUCUGGGGCUGGAUCACUGGUGCUAGAAUUCGGUGUUCUAUCUCGUCUGACUGGGGAUCCAAUUUAUGAGUCCUAUGCAAGAAGAGCUGUCAAGCGGCUGUGGGAGUAUCGCUCCAACAUUACAGGCUUAUUAGGAAAUGUGAUAAAUAUCCAGACUGGGCAGUGGAUGGGGCAAAUGAGUGGUCUAGGGGCAGGACUGGACUCUUUCUACGAAUAUUUACUGAAGACAUAUAUUCUCUUUGGUGAAAAUGAAGAUUACAAAAUGUUUAAAGAAAUAUAUGACUCCGUCAAAUUUCAUAUGAGAAGAGGGAGGCUAAAGUGUAACAAAGGUGAUGGAAACCCUCCAAUAUUUGUCAAUGUAAAUAUGAAAACUGGUGACACAAUAAAUCAGUGGAUUGAUUCACUGCAGGCAGCAUGGACUGGAGUGCAGGUGUUAAAUGGUGACAUUGAUGAGGCCAUAUGUUCUCAUGCUCUCUACUAUUCUAUAUGGAAGAAGUAUGGUGUUCUGCCGGAGAGAUAUAAUUGGUAUCUUCGAGUUCCAGAAGUGACCUUUUACCCUCUCCGACCUGAGCUGAUAGAGUCUACAUACUUUUUGUAUCAAGCGACGAAAAACCCAUUCUACCUCCACGUAGGACGAGAUAUUCUGAACAACUUAAACAACUAUACUCGAGCGGAAUGUGGUUAUGGAACAGUGCACAAUGUAAAUGAUAAAACACUGGAGGACAGAAUGGAGAGUUUCUUCCUUAGCGAGACUUGUAAAUACCUGUAUUUGUUGUUUGACAAGGAGAACCACCUAAACAAAGCCCAGUCAAGAUAUCUCUUUAGUACAGAGGGCCACGUUUUCCCGAUUGAUGGACGUUUCAGGAGGAAGCCAUGGGAAACGGAUGUAGUCAAGAAGCCCUCAGCCUCUAAAACUGUUUUGAGUGUUGUUAAUGUCAAGAAAAAUUCAACAUUCUCCAAUUGUGAAACAGUGUCCGAUGAACAGAAAUUCUUUAUGCCAAUGAAGAGUCCUUAUUACCAACAGAUGAAGAGUGCAGUGGGAAUUGGUGAUUGAUGGACAGUCAACUUUCACAUGAGGAGGAGUGGGCAGGGUGCUACUUUUCUUCCAUUUUUAUUUUUGUUUUUGUAUUUAUCUGUACAUUUGCCAAACAAGGUUUAUACCCAUGCACUCACACUUCCUAAAGAGAAAUCCUGGUAACAAGACCUGAUGUUUCAUAUGGUGAUAGUCCUCUGUAGGUCACCUGAGUAGUUGUCUUUAAUCCGUGUGUGUGUUCAUUAUUAUGUGGAUGUGUAUUGUCACAAAAUUCAGAACUGCUGGAUCAGUACGAAAAUACACUUGGGUUCAGGGUUGUUUCUGACUUAAGAUGAAUGAUAAUGUGUCAGUGUGGUCUCAUCAAAGAACUAUGAAAGACCCAUCUUUGCCUCAGAUCGGUCUUUGAAGAAAACUAUCAAAUUUUACAUGGAAAUGUAUAAUAGCACAAUUGUGCUCUAAAUGCCAAGAAUGGUAACAAUUUAUCAAACUGAGAUGGUGACAUCCACAUGUAAUGUAAGUUAGAGUUUUUCUACUUAUAACCCUUGAUCAAGACCAGAACAGGAUGGAUCAAUUGAAGUUCAACUACCUGUAUGUUUUACAUGAAUGCUGUAUUAUAGAAGAAAAGUGUAGAACCUCAAAACUAAAAUUUGUCAAACAUGCUAUUAUAAUUUGCAGUAUGAAUUUAAUUUUGCUAUUUGUACCUGUUAUCGUUGGUGAUUCUUUUAAUUCCCAUAGAAAGUAUUUACCAAGAAUUAUAAAUCCUCUAUUAUAAAACAAAAAUACAGAUAUUGAUUUUGGAAGUAAAGCCCUUACUAUACAAGUCUAUUCUUUUAGCAAAGUUAAAUAAAAUCCUCAAACUAUGGCCACUGUGGAUCUAGGAAUAAUUUCAGUAAUUAAGGUCAAAGCUAGGCCUACUCUACUCAGGUGACCAUUACAGCCCAUUAACAUUUUGUUGAUUCACUUCUGAUAUCUUCACAAAUCAUGUUGAAUGUGCUGGUACAUGUGUGAGAGAUUAUUUUUGUGUGAUUGUAUAUUUAUAAUGAAUGUAUGUGCCAUUCUCCCCAUAGGUAACUUUUUAAAAGAAUUGGUGUAUUAUGGUACAUGUACCAAAUAUAUUUGUAUUCGCUCAACGUGUCAUAGACUCAGGUGAUUUUUUUGGAUCAAAAUUUGUCUGUAUGUGUCUGUAUAUGCCUGUCUGUUUUUAUAUUUUUCACAUUAUUUACUUCUCCAUUACCACUGAGCCAUUGUCAAUGAAACUGGCCUAAAAGUAUCCUUGAAUUAAAAGGGAUUCAAGUUUGUUUCUUUUAAAUGAAGGGCCAUGUUCAUUUCCAAGGAAGUAUAUUUCAGAUGGGGUGUUUAAAAUAUCUUUUUAUGAAAAACCAAAAUUUGUGUGAAAGCUUUUUUAUAUACUGAAUAUUAAACUAUAUUCAAACCUGGACAUGACCUCUAGGGACAGAACAACUUUAUUCAAACCUUGACAUGACCUCUAGGGACAGAACAACUUUAUUCAAACCUGGACAUGACCUCUAGGGAUGGAACAACUUUAUUCAAACCUGGACAUGACCUUUAGGGACGGAACAACUUUAUUCAAACCUGGACAUGACCCCUAGGGACGGAACACAGAACAACUGUAUUCAAACCUGGACAUGACCUCUAGGGACGGAACAACUUUAUUCAAACCUGGACAUGACCCCUAGGGAUGGAACACAGAACAACUGUAUUCAAACCUGGACAUGACCUCUAAGGAUGGAACAACUUUAUUCAAACCUGAACAUGACCCCUAGGGACAGAACACAGAACAACUGUAUUCAAACCUGGACAUGACCCCUAGGGACGGAACAACUUUAUUCAAACCUGGACAUGACCCCUAGGGACGGAACACAGAACAACUGUAUUCAAACCUGGACAUGACCUCUAGGGAUGGAACACAGAACAACUUUAUUCAAACCUGGACAUGACCUCUAGGGAUGGAACACGGAACAACUGUAUUCAAAUCUUGACAUGACCUCUAGGGACGGAACAACUUUAUUCAAACCUGGACAUGACCUCUAGGGACGGAGCAACUUUAUUCAAACCUGGACAUGACCUCUAGGGAUGGAACAACUUUAUUCAAACCUGGACAUGACCUCUAGGGACGGAACAACUUUAUUCAAACCUGGACAUGACCCCUAGGGACAAAACAACUUUAUUCAAACCUGGACAUGACCUCUAGGGAUGGAACACAGAACAAAUUUAUUCAAACCUGGACAUGACCUCUAGGAACAACAAGGCUUUGUCAGGGACCUCAACAUUGGAAUAUAUAGGAAAAUGAUUGAAUAUUGUCUUCUUCUAUAGAACUACAUGUACAAGAGUAAAAUCAGACAAAUUGAUAUGCAAGCAUCUUCAAGUAGUAUGAAUUCAGGUGGGUUUUUUUCACUCCAUGACUGCCUGGGUCAUGGGCUAAGUUUCACCAGGGGAUUAAAUUUUUAUGUAAAAUAUUUGGAAAAACCCUUUUCUUAAAUCUUUAUUUUAAGAACCCCAAGAGUAGAGUUGUUAGUCAGUUUGUACAAUCAAAAUGCAAAUAUCCUUUAGAUUUAAUCACACUAUGGCAAGGAUGGGGCUACAUUGAGGGUUAUAAUAUAUACAUGAGAAAUUGGAUUGGCUCAGUGGAAUGAUGUGGCCCAUGAGUUUCUUGUUAGUAAAACGGCAUUUGUCUUUUGAUCAGGGUUUUUCUAUUUUGAAGAACUGUUUUUAUCAGAACAGUUGCUCGCUCAUAAGGUUGUCAAAUCUUUUACCUUUUGCAGUGAAGCUACAUGUUCCAACAAGAUUACAAAAGUCAUUGUAGUGGCCCAGAGGGAGGGUUGUUUAGAUAAAAUCAGAACUUUUAAUUGCCUGUCGAAGGGAUUACUAAAUAGACAGUAUUAUCCUUUGUAUGUGUGGCACACUAAAAUAAAUUUUAGAACUGAACCUGGCAGUGCCACUUAAAUAUGACAUUGUAUAUUUAACCUCUUUGUUUCCUGAAGUUAGUUAACUUUUUAAAAAUUACUACGGUACUAGGUAGUCAUUGUAACAUGUCACAGUAAUAUUGAUAAGAAUAUUGCCACUUUGGUGUAUAUCAGAUCCACAGCAUAGAGGACAGUGACUCAGAUGACCAAUGUGGCCUGUAGAUCUCUGAACAUAUUGUUUCACAUUCCAAUACAUAUAAUUACAUGCUUACAUUACAUACAGUACAUACAACAGAUGUUUUAACGGUCAGUGUGACACAAGUAUUCACAGGGGCAUAUGUAUAAAGUGACAAGAAGGAAAUUUAUCAUUCUGUGAUAGUUUUGAAUUAUUUAUUAGUUACUGUUUUAAAAUGUGAUACUGUGUGAUAUGGUUAAACAGUGUACAUAUUAUCUUUCUUUUAAUGCUAAUAACAUGAAGUAUACUGAUACCUUGUAAAUGCGAACCUUACAUGUGAUAUGUCAUGGUAUUCUGUUCAUUCAUUAUUGUGGAAGUUGGAAUACUUGCAUGUAUGAUUAUGGGGUCUUCCACUGAGUAUAUGCAAAAAGAUAAUUUAUCUAUCAAUCAAAAGUACAUCUAAUUACGAAGACUGUUCAACAAAAUGGUAGACAUUACAUCCAGUACAUAAAAAGAAAUAAACAUGAUUGGUCUCAGGUUGUGUCUCCCCCCCCCCCCCCCCCCCCCCCAGAAAAAAAACUAUAUAUAGAAGUAAAUCAUUACAGGUAUAGAAGUAAAGCAUUAUAGGUAUAGAAGUAAAUCGCCAUUGAAAUGAUUAAUCCGUAUUUUGAUGAAAUUGCAUUAAAUCUUAGGGUAUUAUAAAAUGCUAACAUUAUUGUGAUAUAUGUGAUUCUAGUAAAAAUUGAAAGCAGCUGCAAAAUUAAUGAUGACACAACGUGCAAGACAGUAGGUCUGUAUUCAGUCUGAAUUGAUGUCCCCCAGAGACCUCUGUCAAAGUGGAGUGCAACUUCACUAACAUGUAAUGCAUUGUCAAAAUUAGCAGCAGUAUAUACAAUGCAUGUAUUUCUUGGAGCCUUUAAACUGAGAUGAGCAUAAGAUUGAUCUUAUUGAGCUGUUCUUGAUUUUUUGACACAUAAAAAAUUUAUGAAUAAAUUAGAAUCAAGCUCUUAUUAAAAUUCAUUACUGUGGUCACCAGUGGUUUUUAGCUUCCAGAGGAAAGGAAUUGCAACUGUUGAUAAUUGUUAUUUUACUUGCAAUUUCCUGUGUUCAUUAAAAAAUAUAUAUUUCUACAGUUUACCAGGAUAAUCUUUGUAAAAGCAGAAUUGAAAAUCUAUAUUUUAUGGGAUUGCAUUUUCCUUCUCAUUUUUACAGUUUAAUUGUUGCCAAUAAAUAUUACAACAGAC